AAGUAACGCGGGAAAGUUGAGCGCUGACAACAACAUCACGAGCCUUUAUGUUCAGUCGAUUUAGUUGAUAAAACAUUAAAGACCAAAGUGUCAAAUUACAGGUAAACACAAUAUGAGGACUUUCGAAGAGGUUCAAGCUACACUGCAAAUCGCUAAACUAAAAGAAGAGGACCUGCAGCCCAUCACUUUCUGCCUCUCUUUCGGGGAUAAUGUUUCCUCCGGUGAUUACUGUCUAAUGGAGCUGGAUGAUACUCUCUGUAAACACAUUGAAGCAGGCAAAAGUCUUGUAAUCAGAGGUGACAAAGAUGAGCAUGCAGUUCUAUGUAGUGAAGACAAGACAUACGACUUGAAAUUUGCGGACACGUCGAAUCUGCUGCUGUUUGUUCCAGGGUGCAAAACUCCAGAACAGAUGCCUGACAAGCCAGCAUCUUCCGAACUCAUGCAUGCACAGAUUUGGGGUUUUUCUAACUGUUAUUGGGAAUUGAGAAGGCAGAGACCAAAGUUAAAGAAACUGAAGAAGUUGCUGAUGGAGAAUCCAUAUGAUGGUCCACCGGUCGGCAUGCAAGAGGAGAAGCCAGGGCAGAAGUACACAAUGGAUGACCUUCUUGAAAGAAUCCAAGCAAGUAAAGAAGAAGUUGAGGCACAUCUUCAAAAUAUUCAUGCAUGUGAAGUUGACGGAUUUUGGAGGAUCCUGGAUUUUGAUUAUGAGAUGAAGCUCCUGGGUCAUGUGACCCAGCUGGUGGACUCAGAGUCUUGGUCUUUCAGCAAAGUUCUUCUCAGUGUCUGUCUAGAUGAGCUGGGAUCACUUGAACCAAAAGCCAUGAUAGAACACUGUCUCAACUGUUAUGGAAGACGCUACAGUAAUGAAGAUGGUCAGGUGAUGUAUGCAUUGGAUGAGGACAAAGUAUGUAGAGCCACAGCUCAGCUGCUACUGCAAAAUGCUGUGAAGUUCAACCUGUCAGAGUUCCAGGAGGUGUGGCAGCAGAGUGUUCCUGAGGGAAUGAGCACUAGACUGGAUCAGCUCAGGGGUUUAGCUCUGCUGGACCGGAGCUCUAAACCACAGACCAUCUCACUGCUAUGUGUAGAAGAUCUGCCUGAGGACACACUGGAACGAUUUAACAGUCUCUUCAGCAUGAAAGAGAAAUGGACACAAGAUGACAUUGAACCAUAUAUACAAGAUCUGUGUGGAGAAAUGCAGACUACUGGAGCUCUCCUGACCAAACAUGCCCGCUCGUCUAUGCAAAAUGGUAUAAAGGUCUACAAUUCAAGAAGACCAGUGGCACCUUGAGAUCAAAAUAAGUCAUUGAAAAAACAUUGAUUGUUGCCUUUUGCAUGCUGUUUUUUUUUUCCUCAAUACAAUAAACAUACGUUAAAUAUAA